AUUAUUUUAAUUUACCAGAAAAUAAUUUCAAUAAUUAUUUUCCAUAUCAUCAAGGAUACUUAAAUCAAUAUCCAUUGGGAUCAUAUGAUACUAAUCAAACUCCAUCACCUAUCAACCCAUCAUUAGCUUUUGAUUAUGCUUUACAUGCUUCCAAUGCUCAAUUUCAACAAGAUCCAUUUCAACCAUAUUAUAGAGAUACUUAUCUUUAG